UGCGAGCAUUCGCCUGACAAAAUCGCGCUGAAGUCCUCCCCCAUGUCGGCCAUCCGCUGAGCUGAUUGCCCUUGAGGAGUAUCUCCUCCAACGCAGGCAUGCUGUUCCACCCUUCUGGGACUGACGUCAGGCGAUUGAACUCCAUGUUCAACGUCACCAGCCUGCAGGUGAGAGCAUGAAGGUAGGACAACAUGCACAGUCCGUGUCAUUCUCUGUCCGUCUGCAUACCCUUCUGGCAUGGUUCCGUUGUCUGUGAAGCCUUCGAUCUGGUUGUCGGCCAGAUACAGCUCCCGAAGAGCUGAUGCCUGGCCAAACGGAGGGAGGCGGCCUUGAACGGCGUUGCUGCGUAAAUCGAUGAAAGAAACUUUCUUCCAGCCGUCGAUGGAGGGCGGCAGAGCGGUCAAUCUGAAGGCAUAGAUACACACAAAGUGUACAGAGCACGUGUCCACCUGAUGCCUGGCUAAGCCGACCUGUUGACCGCCCCACGAAUUUCCUGCAGCUCAGUGAAGCCGCCGAGCUCGGCGGGCAGUGGGCCUUCCAACUGGGCAACAGGCAACGGUUGAAAGAUGUAUUGAAAGUUCGACUGCUACAUCUGCGUCAGGUCAACUCCCACCUGGUUGUAUCCAAACAUCAGUGUCUGCAGCCGCUUCAUCGACGCCAGCGGCCGCAGUGUACCGCUUAGAUUAUUGCUGUCGAUUCUGAAGUACUCGAGCGCCGUGAGCUGAGACCAGGACUCAGGCAAGGGGCCUGAGAAGUUGUUAUUGAACAGGUUGAGAGUAUUCAGUUUGGUGCAGUUGCCGAGUGACGGUGGAAGAGGCCCCGACAUGCCCUCGCCGUCCUGCGCAUAGACGUCCAGCCGCCUGAGCUCCUUGGCUUGCCCAAGAGACGCAGGGAGCGGACCAGUCAGCUGAUAAUGGGAAGAAGCACAUACAAGAAGACACCGAUCACCUUGUUGACUCUCCUCUCGAUGCUUGCUUACUCUGUUUCGGUACACGGACACCCACAGGAGGUCCGGGCUAACCGCCCCAAACCCUUCAGGUAUCUCACCAGACAGGCUAUUGGUGUUGAGCUUCAGAAGCCGCAAUUCGCGCAGUUUGGCCCACAAUGGAAAAGGCGGAAAAGGCCCAUCUAGGUUGUUCUUCGAGAGGUCCAGUAUGGUUAAGCGGGUGAAGUUCCCAAUGUAAGGCGGCACUGGCCCAGUGAGGCCGAUGGCCUCGAACCAGAAGAUCUCCAAGUUGCGGCACUCAGCGAGGCCCUCAGGCAGCCGACCAUUGGUCGCUGUUAAUCCCCCGUGGCGCGAUAUGACCACGCGCAUUUUCGUCAUCCGGAUGCAGAUGCCCUAAUUAAGAAACACGGUGGUGUGGUGGUGUGGUGGUUGGUCUGAAUGGUUUUUUUACCUCAGGGAGGAAACCUUCAAACUUGGUGAAGGACAGAGUGAACACUUCCAGCGCUGAGAGAUCAAGAAGAGAUGUCGGUAGAGGGCCUCCCAGGACAGGUGCAUUGGUAUAGUUCUGCCCCUCAAGCAUGAGUGCCUGCAACUUGCUCAGGUUGCCAAUCGACGAUGGCAUUGGGCCAGAGAGCUCCGUCUGACACCAUACACCACAGAAAAAGCAAAGCAGACGGCAGCACUGUUGACUGCGUGACAUUAUCUUCCUGUCUGUCUUUCUCUCUUUACCGAGUGUAUAUCGAUGAUCCUGAUUGAGGUCAUUUCCCCAAGUCUUUCGUCCAGCUGUCCAGUGAAGGGCAUCUCAAACAGAAACACCACCAGCACAGCCCGUAAGUCAUAGAACGAUCUGCUGAGUGUCAGCUGAAGCCCUAUACGCGCUGCCACUUUCUGAGGCAGUGGCGACACAUCGCUGAAGCUCAUCGCCCCGACCAGCGCCAGGACAUAGCCUUCCUCAUCUGUCGCCUCGUCUCGGACACAGACGAUGAAGGACGUGGCACAGACGUUCGCUGCGAGAGUGCUGUCAGUGUCAUUAGGUAGCACAGAGAGAAGCCCCGACUCAUCCACAAACUCCCUCAGCGCCCCGGCGUCUUGCUGGCACGAAGCGCACUCACUCAGCUCUGUCAGGUUCUCCAGCGGCAUGAUACGAAAGGCAUACUCGAGAGCGCCACUGGAAGUGAUCUGCGAAGUACGUACGCCACACGUGCAAAUGACGCACGUCUUACCCAUGAAUGUCAGGCAGACAGGCAGCAUGCCCUGUAACUGCUUACGGUGUGCUGUGAUUGAAAUUGGAAUCUGAACACAGACGUGCACAUGCAUUGCUGUGUAUGCGCGGCGGAUAUGUUACCUGCGCGAUAGAAGCUCCCACUUCUCUGGCGUCUGCCAUGACGACGUGUUGAGAGUUGGAUCUGCGGCAGCGGCAUACAAGACGGCGAGCACCGACAGCAGCCGAUGAUGAAGGCCUAACAAGCGGUAAGUAUGUGACAUCCUCCGCUAGUGACCUCCGCCAGUGACCUCAGACAGACUUAUCGGCCACUUCAUUCGAUCAUUGACCGAGGAUCUUUCAAGCUGCCUGUGUGCGAGUACAUGAUCAGCCGCGGUUUCAUAUGAUCAGAUGUCCAC